AUGGACGUUUCGCUUGUUAACCAUAUAUUGAAUUCUCAACAUGGAAAGAGGAUUGCUGUGAUUUUGAAUGAGUUUGGUGAAGAGAUCGGAGUUGAGAGGGCAAUGAUAAACGAAGGGGAAGGCGGAGCCCUUGUUGAAGAAUGGGUUGAGUUGGCAAAUGGGUGUAUUUGUUGUACAGUUAAGCAUAGCUUAGUUCAAGCACUUGAGCAACUUGUACAGAAGAAGGAAAGUAAACUUGAUCAUAUAAUAAUUGAGACCACUGGGUUAGCAAAUCCUGCUCCUCUUGCCUCUAUUCUGUGGUUGGAUGAUCAACUAGAAUCAGUUGUGAAGCUUGAUUCUAUAAUCACUGUUGUGGAUGCCAAAAAUCUUCCUUUUCAGCUCAACAAGCAUCGUGUCUCAUCUUCAUUUCCUGAAGCAUUUUCUCAAAUAGCAUUUGCGGAUGUUGUGAUUCUUAACAAGGUUGAUUUGGUUUCUUCAGAGGGUUCUGGGACCUUGGAGGAAUUGGAGAAAGAAAUACAUCAUAUUAACUCCCUUGCCGAUAUCAUUUAUUCCGCUCGGUGUGAAGUUGACUUGUCUAAAAUACUAAAUCGCCAGGCAUAUGAUGCUACUCAUAUCACGCAUUUGGAAGCACUAUUGGAAGAAAGCAAGUCACUAUCCACCAGGGAUCUUCAUGAUGGUGGCGUGCGAACCAUUUGCAUUAGUGAGUCACAGCAGGUUGAUCUUGUUAAGGUUCGUUUAUGGCUAGAGGAGAUUCUAUGGGAUAAGAAAGAUGGCAUGGAUGUAUAUCGCUGCAAAGGGGUGUUAAGGGUGCAUAACUCUGAUGAGCUGCAUACUUUGCAGGCUGUGAGGGAGAUAUAUGAGAUUGUUCCGGCUCGCAAAUGGAAAGAAUCAGAAAAUCAAUGGAGCAAAAUAGUUUUUAUAGGGCAUAACCUGAAUGAGAGUAUUCUUAUUGAUUCCUUUAGAAGUUGCACAACGACAACAAACUUGUAAUCAAAAUGUUCUACUGAGAGGGAUUUUGAAUACGACGACACGUUUUGGCACUUGCAUUGGUCCUAGGAAUUGUUCAUCUGUUCAUUUGCUUGAGGAGGCCAAACAAUGAACUAGAGAAAUUUCAAUGUAUCGGCUGAAAAAAUGCACGUCCAAAUUCUGGUUUACUCGAAGAUACAAAAGAAAUUGGUGAAAACAGAAUUUUGUUUUGUGAUAGAAAUUUAUAUUAAAUUAUAUAAA